AUGGCUUGCGGUGUCUGUGGCAACGCUGUUCAGGGAACCUUCGCGUUCUGCAAUAACUAUGCGAAAAUGCCCGACAGGGUCCUUAUUUCUGCCCCAACCAUACGUGCAAGAAAUGUGGUGGACAGACUGAGAACGGUCAAGACUGUUGUUAAGAGCAUCCCUGUGACCAGCUCUAAGUUGCCAGUCUCUGGCAUCUUACAGUCAUGUGGUCGGCGCCUGCUUACAGGCUUAAAUGCAUGGGUCUGA